UGAAAUAUUCAUUCUCUCCUUUACAGUUUAAAGCCAGGGUACCAAUGUGUGAGACCCGACAUGCUAAGUGGCAAGGGGACGUCCCCAUGUCCCAUGAGUACCUGAUGCUGGUUCCCUGCCCUCUUAGUGACACUGCAACCCUGGCUUUCUGAACCUAGUGUAACAUUUCAAUGGCUGCCCAGAUGACUGAUGGUCAUCGACGGUUCCUGCAAGUGCUGAUGUCUCAUGGAAUAAUGGAAGGCUCCGUGGCUAGAACAUUACAUAAAGACUGCUGUGAAAUCCAUAAAGUCUACUACGCUCAUGAUAAAUUGGAUGACUUCAUCAGUGUUGUUAACCUCCAUCUGCAGCCUUUGUUUAUGCAGAUCCGGAAAGGAAUGUCUGAAGAUGAUGGGAGAACGUAUUAUGCAUUGGUGAAUCUGGCAGAAACUGAAAUAACUAAGAUGGCAUCUGACUAUACAGAAAAUGAGUUAGAAUUGUUCAGAAAAACUAUGGAUCUGAUCAUCUUAUCAGAAAGUGGCUUUGCAUCUUCCACAAAUAUUUUAAACUUGGCUGAUCAACUUAAAACAAAGAAAAUGAAGAAAAAGGAAGCUGAGCAAGUGUUGCAAAAUUUGGUGCAGGAUAAGUGGCUCUCUGAACGAGAUGGGGAGUACACCUUGCAUACUCGUUGCAUAAUGGAGAUGGAGCAAUACAUCCUCAGCAACUACCAAGACUUGGCGAGGAAAUGUAACAUCUGUCGUAGCCUCGCCAUCCAGAGUCAAAUAUGUGAAACCUGUGGAAUUGGAAUGCACUUGCCUUGUGCUGGAAAGUAUUUCAAAGCCCAGACUGAACCACACUGUCCCCACUGCAAUGAGUUUUGGCCACAUGAGAUUCCAGAGAUAAAUCGGCCAGAUUCCCAGCUGUCUUCAAGUGCCUCCACAGAGAGGAGAGGACCGUCAGCCUCAGGGACAAGGAGGCGUUAGAAAGAGCAGCUUCAGUUAGUGACCAUUUCCCUUCACUCUCUCGCAGACAAGCCCAAUUGCAGUGUAGUUCGGUGUUAGUGUAAACUGUGUCAUUCUGAAAGUAGGAUACCUAGGGACCAAGUCAACUUUAGAGUUUGUUUUUGCUCUGCUGAAACUUUGCUAGAAGUUUGAAAAUAACUAUCCUGACCUUAGCCUCCCUGAUCAAAGGCCCUGUUCAGUUGCAGUGCUGUGAAGAAUGUUGCAUGGCUGUAGUGGAGGCUGUGCUGGUGUUUGGACAUCACCUCUAUUGCCAGUUUGUCUAUGGGGCAUUAUGCCCGCUGAGCCACAUAGACAGACCAUGACACUGCACCCAGUCCUGUCAAAUUAAGUGGUGUCCUGGGCAGGGGUCCAUCUGCAGAGGUCUGAAUGUGCAACUGAGACAGGAGAGCUCUAUGCAACUCUUUAGACUUGGAUUUUAUAAUUGUUUUUAAAUAUGCAAAAUUGAGGUUUGUCAGCCAUUCUGUCAUUCUGGUUGAGUUCAAUGAAGUGCCACUGGCAGGGCUCAGUAUGAAUACCCCAUGUCCACCUCGUUCCAGCCCUUCUCACAAAGGAUGCUUUUACAUAUACAUCCAUUCUUAAUGGCUGCAUCUCUGACAAAGUGGCACCAGAAACGCAUUUCAGGCUUUUGGAAGGGCUGGGAACAUCUCGAGCCUCUUUUUAACACCACACUUCCCUGGUAAUUGUUGGUGAUAAUAAAUAAUGCUAAGUUAUCA